CAAAAUAACCCGCAGACGCAGACGUUGAAAAACAGACCCAUCAGCUUCCGCCCCAAGAACGGUAGAUCCUUCUCGUCAGCUCCAAAUCACGUCCCAUUUUUCCUUCUCCUUCUGUUGAAUGUUGGUGCUUUUCAUCUACGUCUCUAUAUGUGACUGUUUGGGUAAAUAGAGUGUGGCCGUGACAUCUUCUUCAGUUUGGAACGGCUCCAAUUAGCAAGAUCACAAGGUUUGAGAUUAUAAAGACCGAUUUGAGGGGUAAGCUGGAGUUGAAGGUGAGGCGAAAACAAGGAGAGGAGGAGUUUGAGGUACUCGACGAAGGUUUGGUUUGUUUUAUUUUACAGGCUUGAUGCCAAUGGUGGAUACUGUUCUAUAUGCUAGAAACAGUCAACAGUCACUUCAUAAGGUGACAUUCUAGUAUUGGAAAGGGCCACAGUGCAUGAUAUGAUUAUUUGUUGUUGAUUUGUUUCUACACACUGGCAAUCCUUAGGUCUGACAGAUGGCUUUUUAUAAUGAAGAAGAGAAGACUGAGGACUACCUUUUCAAGAUUGUUUUAGUUGGUGAUUCUGCUGUUGGGAAAUCAAAUUUACUUGCACGAUUUGCCAGGGAUGAGUUUUAUCCUAAUUCAAAGUCAACUAUAGGAGUGGAGUUCCAAACUCAAAAGAUGGAUAUCAAUGGAAAGGAAGUUAAAGCACAGAUAUGGGACACAGCUGGGCAGGAGAGGUUCAGAGCUGUUACAUCUGCAUAUUAUAGGGGUGCAGUUGGAGCUCUUUUGGUGUAUGACAUCAGCAGACGCCAAACAUUUGAUAGCAUUGGACGUUGGCUUAAUGAACUUCACACUCACUCUGACAUGAACGUUGUCACAAUACUUGUUGGGAACAAGUCAGAUCUUAAGGAUGCAAGGGAGGUGUCUACUGCGGAAGGCAAGACCUUAGCUGAGGCACAGGGUUUGUUCUUCAUGGAGACAUCAGCUCUUGAUUCAUCAAAUGUAGCAGCUGCUUUUGAAACAGUUGUAAAGGAGAUCUACAACAUCUUAAGUCGGAAGGUUAUGAUGUCUCAUGAGCUCAGCAAGCAGGAUACUACGCGAAUUGAGAAUGGAAAGACUGUUGUACUUCAAGGUGAAGGGGACCGAGAGGCCGAAGUGGAGUCAAAAAAGGGUGGUUGUUGUUCGUCUUAGGUUUUGAUAAUAUGUUGGCUCCAAAACUCAGUUUUUAUUAUAAUUAUUCCACCAAUCCUGAAAGUGUCACUCAGAUAUUCAAGAUUUGUCGUUAAAUGUUCACUGGGAGAUUUUGGUGUAGAAAUUGUCAUUGCGUUGGCAGAACUAAAGAAAUGAACAAAAAAAAGGCAGUGCAUUCGAUUCGAUAUGAGAUCACCCUGAAAAAAGAAAUUAUAGAUAGGAAAAGUGUAGUUACUCAGAAUGAGACAAUACCAAAAUGUCUAAUGUCCUUUGUCGUCUUAUAUAUGCAUACAAAAGCAUACAAAAAUUAUUCAGACAUUUAUCUAUAUACUAUAUUUUAGUGUAGAACU